AUGCACACAGCAGAAUAUCUCGACACGUACCCUACUGAUAUCGGAUCUGUCCUUGCAGGUGGCUACAACCACCCUCUUCUCAGAGAAUGGCAGAACGAAAGGCAACUCACCAAGAAUAUGCUGAUCUUCCCACUCUUCAUAUCUGAUAACGACGAUGAAGAGACCCCUAUUGAGUCCCUACCCAAUAUAAAACGGUUUGGCAUCAACAAGCUUGCCGCAUACGUGAAGCCCUUGGUCCAGAAGGGCUUGAGGUCUGUGAUUCUGUUCGGUGUGCCUAUGGCCGAAGGUUGCAAAGAUGCAGUUGGCACUGCUGCCGACGAUCCUGAUGGACCAGUGAUUCAGGCUAUCAAGCUCUUGCGCCGUGAAUUCCCAGACCUUUACAUUAUUUGCGAUGUUUGUUUGUGUGAAUUUACGUCUCAUGGUCACUGUGGAGUGCUGUACGAAGACGGAACCAUCAACAGAGAACAAUCUGUACGCAGGAUUGCAGCUGUAGCAGUCAACUACGCAAAAGCAGGUGCCCAUUCUGUGGCACCGAGUGACAUGAUUGACGGUCGUAUUCGUGAUAUCAAGUUGGGUCUAAUAAAAGCCGGAUUGGCUCACAAGACCUUUGUUAUGAGUUACGCUGCCAAAUUCAGUGGGAAUUUAUAUGGACCUUUCCGCGAUGCGGCAUGUUCAGCGCCAUCGCAUGGUGACAGAAAAUGUUACCAACUACCAUCUGGCGGUAAAGGGCUUGCUCGCAGAGCUUUGAAAAGAGAUCUGGUGGAAGGUGCAGACGGAAUUAUUGUCAAACCAUCGACUUUCUACCUUGAUAUCAUGGCCGAUGCUUCCCAAAUUGCCCGUGACGUUCCAGUGUGUGCUUAUCAUGUAUCAGGUGAAUAUGCCAUGCUGCAUGCAGCAGCUGAAAAGGGCGUCGUUGAUUUGAAAACCAUUGCGUUUGAGUCUCAUUAUGGAUUUUUGAGAGCAGGCGCUAGACUCAUUAUUUCGUAUCUGACGCCUGAGUUUCUCGACUGGCUAGACCAGUGA